GAGUUAUGUGCUUAUGAAUAUGCUUACUUAUUACAGUGUUGAGAUACAUCUUGUAAAGAAUAAUAAGUGUCAAUUUUCAAUGAAAUGCCGCAAUUAGCGGUGUGUUCAUCAUGGGUGGAUGCAUAGGAGUGAGUCGUUCUCGGAGCGGUGCUAUCGACGAUUCGUCAGGGUCCAUCUCGAGACCCAAUUCAGGUAGUACGCGUAAGAAUCAUCCAUUGUGCCAUGAGACUAUACGCUGGAAAUCCGACGUGCCAUUGACCGAAGGCCAACUGAGGAGCAAGAGGGAUGAGUUCUGGGACACGGCCCCCGCCUUUGAGGGCCGCAAGGAGAUCUGGGACGCGCUCAGGGCUGCCGCCGUGGCCGCAGAAGCCAUGGACUACGAGCUAGCCCAAGCUAUACUCGACGGGGCUAGCGUCUCCGUGCCCAAUGGGUAUCUCACAGAGUGCUACGACGAGCUGGGGGCACGGUAUCAAGUCCCCAUUUAUUGCCUUUCAUACCCGAUUAAUAUUGUCAAAGAAGACAAUGGGAGAGACUCGCCGGCGGAAUGCUCUGAACCUGUCGACGGGGGUACCGAAACCGUGCUCAAACUCAGACUAUCGCACAAUUGUACUGACAUUAAAUUGGCAGUUUACUCGACUGAUACUAUUAGUAUGUGUAAAAAGAAGUUACAGAGUCAAGAAGGUAUUGAAUCGUCAAGGCAAAGGUGGUUUUUCGGCGGGAAGUUGUUGGGUGACAAAUUGCAUGUAGAAGAAGCCAAAAUACCUUCUGGCUACAUUGUUCAAGUUAUCGUCAAUAUGGAAACCUCGCCUGUUUCUAAGCAAGCCUUAUGAAAUUGAUUAGUAACCUCACUGUCAACUACUGAAGAAUCCUGUUGGAAGAAGUGGGUAAACAAAAAGUUAUUUCUUGGAACCAAAAAAUACAGUGUUUCAUGAUGUUACGAAAAAGACUAUUCAUAUCAUAAUAGAAUUCAUUAGAGGUUGAUUUAAGAGUGAAGUUUUUUUAUAUUGAAGUAAAAGAGUAGUUAAAUUAUUCGCCUCACGUUUUUGCAUACAGUUCUUGAAAGGAAUGCGGAAAAAAUUUUAGGCUUAUCUUAGGUCAAAACUUGUAUGCAUUUAUAUUAUUUUGACUGACCAUAUUGUUUUUAGUUAUUGUACAGUUUAGAAUUUACACUGCUUUAUCGACUGGACUUUGCUUUUGUAUUAUAUAAUUUAAUUUGCUAUAUUAUAAUUUUUUAUGCGAUGAAUGGGAUGAAUUUGUCUUAAGUCUCUUACUUUUAUGAAUGACGUAUGUCUUUUUUGGCAAGUAACCCAAGACGUACAAGAUUUACGUAUGAAUUCAUUCCUUUACAUGUUGAUAUUUUGUAUAUUAUGUAAGUUUUUAUAAAUAAGAUUUUUUAAUUCCAUGACUGCUAAUAUCACUUGUUAGAUCAGCUGUCAUUAAGUUGACUGGAAAGUCUAUUUUUGUACACCUCGGUGUCAAACAAUUUUACUUAACCGGCCCUACUUGUUAUUAUCUGGAAUUUAUUGGUCAAAAUGAUAGUCCGUCCGACAUCUUUUCACUUUAGUACAAAUUAUCGACUACACUGAAAAUACCUCGAAUUCUUAAGCUUCUAUCAAAAGUUAGUUUGAAUGAAGUUGACACUUUUCUCAUUUGCACGUAAAAUUUUUAUUGGCGCAUAUAUCAGUGUAGUUAAAAACAAGGAAUAAAUAACAAGUCGGGCUGUAAUAUUCACUAAUUAAAAUACGAUAAAAGACUGUAGCUGAUAAUGUUACUUGGGGGGGUGGGGAAAAAAAUUUAAAGUUGUUUAUUAUUCGAUCAAUCAACCCCAUGUAAACAUAGUCAAAACUAAACCAAUAAAGAGAUUAUGCAAUUUAAUGUAAAUAAAACGCAAUAAGUUUGAAACCAGAAGUGUUUUUUAUGAAAAUACGCACCAAAUAAUAAUAAUAAAAAUUAACAGUUUGUUUUAUGGUGGAUCACGUGAUAUUGAUAUAUAAAUAUAUAUAUUUUGUUUUAAAGUAAAUGGUAGUGUCGAUAUUAAUUAUCAAUCAAAUAUCAAUAACCUUACAAUAAAAGUUUGUUACAUUACA